ACGAUGCAGCCACGUUUUCCAGUCGUAGCGUGAAAGGUUUUAAGGGCAAAAGCCCUCGGAGCGUCACUGGGAGAAGAGAAACGCCCGGCGGCGCGAAGCGGAGGGUGAGAAUAUCGGAGUUCGGCGAUGUCGAAGCGGCAGGGACCGCCGAAACACCAGAACCGCUACGCGUGGAAGCCGAACCUUGGUCAGAAGAUCAACGAAACCGAGCCCGGGGGCAGGUUCCGACCUCUGUCAGAAAUCACCGGCGUCUGUCAGCGCUGCCGGGAUCAAAUCGACUGGAAACGCAGAUACGGAAAAUACAAGCCCAUUGUUGAGCCAGCAAAAUGCCAGAAGUGUAAUAAGCGAAACGUCCGGCAAGCAUACCAUAACGUAUGCAGAGAUUGCUCCAAGGACCUCGGCAUAUGUGCUAAGUGCUGCACAUGUGUUAAUGAGCUUGUCGGAAGGGAUGCGAAUGAGGAGGAAAGUGAACGCAAGUCACUAGAAGAGGCUGUCAGAGGUGCUAGGGAGAGGGAACGACGUACACUUCUUCGUAUUGUUAUUGAGAUGCAAGUGGAAUGUGACUUUGGUUCCUUAUUAUGAACAAAGGCAAAGGUGGGGAGAGUGGGCCGUCAGUCCCAAAGAUUGCUGACAGAAGUCGAGAAGGUGAUAUCUUUCCUGCUGGAUCACUUGAUGAAUACGCCGAACAAACUAGAGAGCAAGAGGAAGAUGACUCAGAUGUAGAGGCUGGAGAUUUUGUGGAAGAUUAAGUUUGGAAUGCUUUAUGCUGUAAAGACGAUACUUUCUGUGAUGCCUAUGGUAGGAUUGUCGCGCAUUUCCUUAUGUUUGUUCGAAAGUUUGGAAUUGGAAGAUGUUAAACUGCGUUGAUUUAAUUAAAAAAAAUGCUUGUGUCUGUAUUACGUAG